GCCGUGUCCAAGUUGCAGCCACUGUGACGAUCGAACUGCUUGCCGGUCGGAGGGAACUUGGGGCUCACCACUAUCACUUUACUAGGUGCUACUGCGGCGUUAUAUCGAUCUCCCAACGGAAACCGCUUUCGUGUGUGGGGCGCAAGUCGCCUUCGUCGUUACCAAUCGCUAUCAUCCACCCCUCUCCCACCGGUCCAUGUGCCGUUUUAUAUCCAUUUCCCUGUACGGACUCCAUGCGUUCCCUUAGCGCUUCACUGGGCGAGCAUUUCUCUCAAUCGUUCAAGGACGGUUGCGCAACCCGCAGUGAUAGCUCCAGGGCUACCUAGUAGCCCCGAUAGGCUGAGUCACGGAAAUAGGACGAAAACUGGAGACAAUUAUAUUGAGGGCAAGGCAGGUUGAUUGUGUGCGCACCUGCAUACAGUCAUACUUCUUUUAGUGUGCCCCUUGGCUCUACCACGAUCUCGGAGGAGUGUGGCUCCCGACAGAUUCAAAGUUUAUGUAUUUCAUUGACUGAAUCAGGGAAGAUGGAGUCGGGUAAUCCAAAUGCCUCCCGACGGAGCUCUGUCCACUACGGGGCCUAUAACGGCCCCAUGGAACGGCGCGCGAGCAAGAAAUCGUCGUCCAGAGACCGGCACGGUAGAGUGUAUCCAGAUGGCUUUAAAGAUACCGGCAUCCGAAGGGUGACAGAUUCUGAGGAAGAAACUUGCUUUGUUACUUCUGAGACGGUCAACGUUUCGGGAAGUGCGAAUCCUUCGCCGAGCGCAUCUGUCGGAAACCACGAACCGAGUCUUCUCAAUUUCAGCCCUUACUAUCCAGAAGGCGACGAGGAAGCUUUCCGAAUGGACUCGAAGUCACAUCGUGCGCGUUCUCGGACGACUGCAUUCGAUAGCCAGCGAAGCGAAAUGUCCCCAAAUUCUACAAGGGCAAGGAGUCGUCUCGGAUCCGUCAAUACCACACCGUCUAACGCCAAAACACCGGAUGAUGUGAUAACCUCCAUCGGGUUCCCAUCUAUACAGUCUGGCCUUGUCAAUCAGCCACCGUCAACACCAACGCCAUAUGUUAGCCAGACACUCGUUCGGCCACAGGCAGACAAGUCUAUUCCUGUUGACCACCCUGGUGUGGCUAAUAGUCGAGCUGCGUUCAUAUCUCCUCUGUCGUACUCCGACUCCUCCAAGAUAUUGCAGUUGAUGAAGGCAACCUGUGGGAGGAUGCACGGAAUUCUUUCCUUCCGAAACUCUCCUUCCUCGUCUUGGAUGCUAGGAUACUGUGCUAUCAACGUCACUACCGGAAGUCUGAUCUACCAAGCUAAAGGGGAGCCCGCAUUGGCUAAGAAUUUGAUUCCUGAUCUGCGCGGCUGUAGGGUUCGCACUCUUUUCGACACAGAGCUCCAGACAACUUAUCUUAGCGUGUCGACAUUCACGUCUGGCUUGACGAUUCAGUUAAGACCUCAUAUCGGCGAGACAUUCGAUUCCUGGUUGGCCGCUCUGCUGUGCUGGCAACCAAUUCGGCCAAAGGGAGCUCACAACAAAAUGACGAAACCUCAAUCGGUGGCCAUCGCUGAACGUCGUCUCGUCGACCGCCGGCGAAACUCUGGGAGCACCCCACAGAAGGAUGCAGCUAUUAUCAAAGUUGGUAAAAUGCUUCUAUGGGAUAAGCCCAGUGCGGCUGGGGCAUGGCCAACGUCUGGCCGUCGUGUCUCGACAUACCGACAGCAAAGGGCCUUAUCCUCUUCGUGGAAGAGGGUUAGCUGCACAUUGCAAGAAAAUGGUCAUUUUAAGCUUUUCACCGAGUCAGACGUUACGCUCCUGAAUACUAUUUAUCUCACCCAACUGUCCCGAUGUGCAGUGCAGCAGUUGGUCCCAUCCGUCCUGGAAGAUGAAUUUUGCAUCGCCAUAUACCCGCAGUAUGCGGCUCAUUCCACCAUAUAUAAUUAUUCUACCCGCCCGAUAUAUCUUGCCUUGGAGAGCCGAGUUCUCUUCGAGGUAUGGUAUGUCCUUCUGCGUGCCUUCACCAUCCCAGAGCUUUACGGACCCAAAUUACCAUUGGAUGACCACUCCGCGAAUUCACUCAGCAGCACUACUUCUACUCAGGGUAUGUUCAGAAUCGAGAGGCUACUCAGCGUGAGGAUUACCGAAGCAAAAUUAUCUCGGAGGAAGGACGAAGACACUCGCAAAAGUAAAAAGCAUGCGAAGUCCGGCCAGCCCGCUCCAUUGUCAACCGUGAGCGAUUACUAUACCGAAGUUCUGCUUGACGGGGAAAUCGCAGCGAAGACAGCUGUUAAGUACCGCACGGCGAAUCCAUUUUGGCGGGAGGAUUUUACCUUCAAUGAUCUGCCGCCUGUCCUAUCUCAGGUCUCUAUCGUUGUGAAAACUCUGAACAUGACCCAGAAAGACUGGUCGCUUAUAUCUCACGGGUCGUAUGCUCUGAGCAAAGAUAGUAGCUCCGUUCACACCUUGGAUGAUAUCGAGAUAUCUUCUCAUGAUGCCAUGUAUGGCAGAGUGGAUUUCCGUCUUGACGAUAUGGAACCGGGGGAGGAAGUUGAAAAAUGGUGGCCGAUUCUGGAUGAUAACGAUCAGCCGAUGGGUGAAAUGUUUAUGAAGGCUCGAUUAGAAGAGACGGUUGUCCUCAUGUCUCAAGAGUAUGAGCCGAUGUCUGAGCUCCUCCACUCUUUCUCCAACGGCCUUACUCUCCAGAUGUCUCAGGUUCUGGCUUCGGACUUGAAUCAGUUGGCCGAGACGCUACUUAAUGUGUUUCAGGUGUCCGGCCAGGCAUGUGAAUGGAUCUCUGCCCUGGUCGAGGAUGAGAUUGAUGGAGUUCACAAAGAGUCAACAAUCAACAGGCUCAGGUACACUACGAGGAUGCAUUCAAAUGACUCCAAGGAGUCAGGUCAGGACCGGGAAGUUCUCGUACGGGACUUAGGCCGCACUGCCACUGUCGAAGCCAACCUUCUUUUCAGGGGAAAUUCUCUUCUCACGAAAGCUCUUGACCUUCACAUGCGCCGGCUUGGGAAAGAAUAUCUUGAGGAAACUAUAGGCGAACGCGUGCGUGACAUCGAUGAGGGCGAUCCUGAGUGUGAGGUUGAUCCUUCUCGCGUCUCUCGUACCGAUGAUCUAGAGCGGAACUGGAGGAAUCUAGUGUCUCUCACAACAGGCAUCUGGAAAGCGAUUGCUGGUUCCUCGUCACGCUGUCCUCCCGAACUAAGGGUCAUUUUCAGGCACAUCAGAGCUUGCGCGGAAGAUCGUUAUGGCGACUUUCUCCGCACUGUUACCUACAGUAGCGUGUCUGGCUUUCUCUUCCUCCGCUUCUUCUGCCCAGCCAUUCUUAACCCUAAAUUGUUCGGGUUAUUGAAAGAUCACCCGCGUCCUCGAGCGCAGCGUACUUUGACAUUGAUUGCCAAAGCCCUGCAAGGUUUGGCGAAUAUGUCUACUUUCGGCAAUAAGGAGCCUUGGAUGGAGCCCAUGAAUCGGUUUUUGAUAAGCCAUCGGUCAGAGUUUAAGCAAUUCGUUGACGCCAUUUGUGCCAUUCCAGCAGAUCGACCGAUCCCUAUCGUCACUCCCUCUUAUGCUACCCCAAUCCAAAUUCUUGGUCGCCUGCCCGUCACUUCUCGAGAGGGAUUUCCUAGCCUCCCGUUUUUGAUUGACCACGCCAGGAGCUUUGCGAUACUUACUAACGUAUGGCUUGAGGGGGCGCCGGAAAAGUUCGCUGAAAUGGAGGAUAUUGAUCCGGUAGUAUUAAAAUUUCAUGACAUAGCGCUUCGCAUUCAGCAACGGACAAAGGAAUGUCUCAACAAGGCUGAACAAGCGGAGCGUCCGAAUGGGAACCUUGAAAUCAAAUGGGAAGAAUUGCUGGAGUCCAUGGAACGUUGCGCGACGUUUUAUGACGACGAAAGCGUGGACAAAUCUACACCACCAGCGACCGAGCCUCCAAAUCCCAAACCACCGUCAAUCACCGGGAGCCAUAGAAACUCAGUCGGGUAUUUCAGCACGCGGCCAACUCUUUCUCGAACAUCCACUGAUUACGGCACUGAAGCCAAUGACAACACACCCCCAAGCUCUUCACCUGCGACUUGGGAGCACAACCGAGUGCAAUUCACAACGCCCAGGUGGUCUGAACCUCGUGACAGCACUGGUAGCUCGAAGAAUUCGUCGACUUAUUCUCUUGAUCAUUCUGAUCCCUCUAAAGGCCGCAGGUCGAGCGUAUCAAGAGAGAAUUCAGGCAAAUACCGGUUCUUUGAUUUUGGGUCAUCAAGACGCAAAGCCAAGGAACGGGAACAGUAUCAAGCCUCAUCUACCUAAGUUUCAAAUAACUUGGCGUCGUGUCUUAGGGCUGCAAAAUCUGGUUAUGCUGGCCACGAAUUUGCUGAAAUACAUGGCGUCGAUUUCACAGGCACACAUCCUCAUCCAAUGUAUGAUCACGAUUGACAGACGCAUUGAAUACUUUGUUUGGUUAUUGUUGCGUGUGUGAAUUCCCUUCCCUCACACACCCCCCCCUCUCCAUCUCUCGUUUUACCUUUUGUCAUUUUUCCCACUAAAGAAAAAGAAUAAAAAAUCUUACUCUUCUUGAUUAUAAGGGGAAUGACGGUUGGGAAAGGACUGUCAUGUGUCCUUUGGUUUAUGUUGAACUUGCAAGCGCCUGGUCGGUGUGGAGGCCCUCAUUUCUUUUCUCUUCUUCUCCCCUUUACUCUUUUUGUAUAAAAUGGGUUCUGUAUUGGCUGUUUUCUUUCAUUAUUUAUCCUCCCCUACGAUGUACACUCUCUUGCUUGUAUGUGCUCAUGAUCUAAUGUUGUCUUUGCUGAUAAGCUUCUGCUUCACCUCUUCUUUUCACUUUUUGGAAGCAUUUAUGUGAUUGUUGAUACCCUCAUAUUUCUAUUAUCAUUUACAUUAUGUGCCUUGCUUCCUUUCUUUUCAGGUAGACUGCAGGAAGCAGAGGACAGGGGUGGCGGAAUUUAUGCGCAUCUGUCUCUUUAUUAUGCAUUGUACACAAGUUCAUUGCUUCUUACAAAGCCCUCAUUGAGUCGGACAUUCUGUAUUAAAUGGACGAAUAGUUCUACAUAGAUGGCUUUUCCAUACCAUCUGUCUUCCUAAUUGCAUUCUCUUCCCUGU